CUGCUUCACUUUUUCUCCUGUUGAAAGCAACAAGCAGAAACAUGGCAAGAACCAAGCAAACCGCCCGUAAAUCUACCGGAGGUAAAGCUCCCAGGAAGCAGCUGGCCACCAAGGCUGCGCGUAAGAGCGCGCCUGCCACCGGCGGCGUGAAGAAGCCUCACCGUUACAGGCCCGGUACCGUGGCUCUGAGAGAGAUCCGUCGCUACCAGAAAUCCACGGAGCUGCUGAUCCGCAAGCUGCCCUUCCAGCGCCUGGUGAGAGAGAUCGCUCAGGACUUCAAGACCGACCUGCGCUUCCAGAGCUCCGCUGUCAUGGCUCUGCAGGAGUCCAGCGAGGCUUACCUGGUCGGCCUCUUCGAGGACACCAACCUGUGCGCCAUCCACGCCAAGAGAGUUACCAUCAUGCCCAAGGACAUCCAGCUGGCUCGCCGCAUCCGUGGAGAGAGAGCUUAAACUCUGUGCUGCUGCUCCACUAACCUCCACCACAACGGCUCUUUUAAGAGCCACCUCAUUCACAACUCUAGACAACAGUCCUCUGCUGCCUCAACACAUUUAAUCAUUUUCUUUUUAUUGUUUAAUAAAAACAGUGACUGUUGAGUGACUUAACAAUCAA